AUGGAGUUUUUUUAUCGUUUGUUUACAAAGCAAACCCAUAAGAAAAUCAGUAAGCCACUACCCAUGGGAGUCUGUGGGUUGUAUAAUUUAGGUAACACGUGUUAUAUGAAUAGUGUUUUACAAGCGCUUACACACACCACGUUGAUAAGGAAUUAUUGUUUGAGUACAAGAUAUAUGAUAGAAAAUGAGAAAUAUCCGGGAAAUGAAAUUCAAUACCAUAAUUUAGUGUCGAAUGCUUUUAUCGCAUUAACACAAGCGAUGUUUGAGGGGAAUUACGCGAUAUGUACCCCACGAGCUGUUAAAGUCCUUGUUGGUAAACACAACGAAAUAUUUAGCGGAAAUGACCAAAACGAUGCGUCCGAAUUUUAUUGUGUGUUAUUGGACCUACUUGAUAAUGAAAUGAGAAAUUCAACACUGAUGUCCUGUUUAAAUUUAAAAUGUGUGUUUGUCGAUUUCCCCGAUUUAUCACUGAAUGACGUGGCCAAAAAAUGUGAAAUCAAAACUCCUCAAAUCCAUGAUGGAAAAACCACUGCGAUGAUUUCACCACAAGGAACUCCAACCACAAAAUCAGAAAGUGAAGUGAAAGAGAUGAAAUGUGAAAUGAAAAGUGAAAUGAACGAUAUACCUCAAAGUCGUCUCGGUCAUCCCGAAAUCGUUUCACACGAAAAAAGUGAAACGGUUGCACCUCUAUUAUCACUUUCCGUCUUCGACGCACAACCCGACAUUCCAGACAAUUCGAAAUUGGACGUAUCACAACAAUCAAAAACGAAAGAAGACGACGACGAUGAAUUACAAUUAACAAUACAACACCCGUCACAAAUAACAUUUUCAAUAACAAAUUCUUACCGCCCAAUCUUCAAUGUUCCCCUUUCAGACGUUUUCUUUCAAGCGUAUUUGGAGAAGAAUCAAUCGAUCUUCACAGAGACAUUUUAUGGAAUGUUAUUGCGGAGAACAACAUGUUCAUGUGGAUAUCACAGUGACACCCAC